UAAAAAUAUUAAAAAAAAAAAAAAAAAACACCUCGAACUGUAGAGGUUUGAACAAGAGGGAAAAAAAUGUAGGGCUCCACCCCCUAGGUCGAGGGGGGGCUCAGUCGUCCCCUAACGUCCCUUAAAGAGAGAGCGGGCUUGGGUGACCCGCGGCGCAGUAGUAUCGCGAGAAGAAGGAGUGUGCGUAGCUCUUAGAAAUCACUAUGGUGACAGGGAGGUUGGGAGGCUUCUUGGUAACUGGUCCCAGCUCUGUGGGAAUAAUCGCCACUGCUUUCCUGCAACUUAAGUGAAUGCAAUCAAGUGGCAUUUUAAAAUUCUGCUGAAAGUGGAGACAUGAGACUGAAGAUAUCUCUUUUAAAAGAACCAAAACAUCAAGAAUUAGUCAGCUGUGUGGGCUGGACUACUGCUGAAGAACUGUAUUCAUGUAGUGAUGACCACCAGAUAGUGAAGUGGAACUUGUUAACAAGUGAAACAAGUCAGAUAGUAAAGCUUCCUGAUGAUAUUUACCCAAUAGAUCUUCACUGGUUUCCAAAAAGUUUAGGCAUAAAGAAGCAAACUCAAGCAGAAAGCUUUGUCCUUACAAGUUCUGAUGGUAAAUUUCAUCUGAUUUCUAAGUUAGGAAGAGUGGAAAAAAGUGUAGAAGCUCACUGUGGAGCAGUUCUUGCAGGAAGAUGGAAUUAUGAAGGAACAGCAUUAGUUACAGCUGGAGAAGAUGGACAAAUAAAAAUCUGGUCAAAGACUGGGAUGCUAAGAUCAACUUUAGCUCAGCAAGGAACACCAGUAUAUUCAGUAGUGUGGGGCCCUGAUUCAGAAAAGGUUCUUUACACAGCAGGCAAGCAGCUGAUCAUUAAACCUCUUCAACCAAAUGCUAAAGUUUUACAGUGGAAAGCUCAUGAUGGCAUUAUUUUAAAAGUAGAUUGGAACUCUGUCAAUGAUCUAAUUUUAUCUGCUGGUGAGGAUUGUAAAUAUAAGGUAUGGGAUAGUUAUGGCCGUCCUCUGUACAAUUCACAACCUCAUGAGCAUCCUAUUACCUCAGUUGCCUGGGCUCCAGAUGGAGAAUUAUUUGCUGUUGGAUCGUUUCAUACUUUACGCUUGUGUGAUAAAACUGGGUGGUCAUAUGCUUUGGAAAAGCCCAACACCGGCAGUAUAUUUAACAUCGCGUGGUCAAUUGAUGGCACUCAGAUCGCUGGAGCCUGUGGAAAUGGGCAUGUUGUUUUUGCACAUGUGGUGGAGCAGCGUUGGGAGUGGAAAAAUUUUCAAGUAACAUUAACUAAACGAAGGACCAUGCAGGUUCGUAACGUUCUUAAUGAUGCAGUGGAUUUACUGGAAUUCCGUGAUAGAGUCAUUAAAGCAUCUUUGAACUAUGCACACUUAGUUGUUUCAACAUCUCUUCAAUGUUAUGUGUUCUCUACGAAGAACUGGAAUACACCUCUUAUAUUUGAUCUAAAAGAAGGAACUGUUAGUUUAAUUCUGCAGGCAGAAAGACAUUUUCUUCUUGUAGAUGGUGGUGGUAUCUAUUUAUAUUCUUAUGAAGGCCGGUUCAUUUCUUCUCCAAAAUUUCCUGGAAUGAGAACAGAUAUUCUGAAUGCACAGACUGUAUCUCUGAGUAAUGAUACCAUAGCAAUAAAAGACAAAGCUGAUGAAAAAAUAAUCUUCCUUUUUGAGGCAUCAACUGGAAAACCAUUAGGUGACGGGAAGCUUCUUUCUCAUAAGAAUGAAAUUUUGGAAAUUGCUCUGGAUCAAAAAGGACUUACCAAUGACAGAAAAAUUGCCUUCAUUGAUAAAAAUAGAGAUCUCUAUAUCACCUCAGUGAAACGAUUUGGGAAGGAAGAACAAAUUAUCAAACUUGGAACAAUGGUGCAUACUUUGGCAUGGAGUGAUACAUGCAAUAUCCUUUGUGGACUUCAGGAUACUCGAUUUACAGUGUGGUACUACCCCAAUACAGUUUAUGUCGACAGAGACAUUUUGCCUAAAACAUUAUAUGAAAGGGAUGCAAGUGAAUUCAGUAAAAAUCCCCAUAUUGUGAGUUUUGUUGGAAAUCAGGUAACUAUAAGAAGAGCUGAUGGCUCACUGAUUCACAUCAGCAUAUCACCAUAUCCUGGUAUUCUCCAUGAAUAUGUGAGCAGUUCAAAAUGGGAAGAUGGUGUAAGACUUUGUCGUUUUGUUAAGGAGCAAACCAUGUGGGCUUGCCUAGCUGCUAUGGCAGUUGCUAAUAGAGAUAUGACUACCGCAGAAAUAGCCUAUGCAGCAAUUGGUGAAAUUGAUAAGGUUCAGUACAUCAAUUCUAUAAAAGAUCUUCCAUCUAAAGAAUCAAAAAUGGCUCACAUACUAAUGUUUAGUGGGAACAUACAGGAGGCUGAAAUGGUACUUCUUCAGGCUGGCCUUGUUUAUCAAGCGAUCCAGAUCAAUAUUAAUCUCUAUAACUGGGAAAGGGCACUCGAAUUGGCUGUAAAAUAUAAAACACACGUUGAUACAGUUCUUGCUUACCGGCAAAAGUUUUUGGAGACAUUUGGUAAACAGGAAACUAAUAAACGGUAUUUGCAGUAUGCAGAAGGUCUCCAAAUAGAUUGGGAGAAAAUCAAAGCCAAAAUUGAGAUGGAAAUUACCAAAGAACGAGAGCAAUCAUCAAGCAGCCAGUCCAGCAAGCAUAUAGGUCUAAAGCACUAAAUUCCUUGCUUACCAUUAAGAAAUUUUACCUUUUGAAACAUUCUGAUUAACCAAGGAUAAUUGUAUUUUUAUUGCUAAAGAAAAAGGCAGAAUCUUUAAGUAUAAGUACUUGCUGUGUAUUUACCACUAAAAAUACAUUCAGAAAGACUAAGCACAAAAUAAUGGAUGCAGUUUCAUCUUUUAUAUAGUUUAGUCCAAUAAUUAGCAAAAUAUUCUCAUAUACUUAUGAUACACCUAUGUAGUAUUGCUUAUAUUCCAGUUUUUGUCCAUUAUUUUAUCCCUGAAUCAUCAGCAUGAACAAAUAUUAAUGCUCAUAAUAAAACAUUGGACCCUUUAAAAUGUA